GGACACAGGUGACACACCCCUUCCCCACUCACCCACUUAAAAAUGCUCCGACCGGCCGGCCAUUCCCAUGGCUUCUCCUCGCCCGCUACCCGGAAUCCGUCCCCUCUUCGCUCUCUUCCUCUCUCUUCUCUUUCUCGUUUUCCUCCUCCCAUGGGCGGCCGGCUCUUCUCCGCUGGAGUCAUCCCACCUUUAUCGAGUCCUGCACAUCCAAGAACGGGAGCGCUUACCGCCCGCCGUCCAGGUGGCCGCCGCCCGUGGCCUUCUCUCCCGCCUCCUCCCAUUCCACGUUUCCAGCUUCGAAUUCGAGAUCGUUUCCAAGGAAACAUGUGGUGGAGUAGCAUGCUUCAUUAUUAGCAACCAUCCAUCAUUAAGUACAAAAGGAUUCUCAGAAAUACUAAUCCAAGGGACAAGUGGUGUGGAACUUUCUGCUGGUCUCCAUUGGUACUUAAAACACUGGUGUCUGAUACACAUAUCUUGGGAGAAGACCGGUGGUCUACAGUUGUCAUCUCUACCAAAAGUGGGCUCCCUUCCGCAUGUUCCUUCGGCUGGUAUUUUGAUUCAUAUGCAUGGUGGAGUUGGGAAAGAUGGGAGAAGGAAAUUGAUUGGAUGGUUCUCCAAGGGGUCAACUUACCACUUGCUUUCAAUGGGCAAGAAGCAAUUUGGCAGAAAGUUUUUGAGUGAUACAUUUGAUGAGAACACUCCACCUGUAGAUGAUCCAAAGUAUAUAUCUUCCUUGGGUUCUGCAAUAUAUAAAGGAAUGCAAAGUGGUGAUGAUGAUGCAAUAUGGCUCAUGCAGGGUUGGUUAUUUUCAUAUGACCCAUUCUGGAAACCACCUCAGAUGAAGGCUCUCUUGCAUUCGGUUCCAAUUGGGCGGAUGGUAGUUCUUGAUCUAUUCGCUGAAGUAAAACCAAUAUGGGUUAAAUCAAAACAGUUUUAUGGUGUUCCAUACAUCUGGUGCAUGCUACACAAUUUUGCUGGAAAUAUUGAGAUGUAUGGUAUUCUCGAUGCAAUUGCACUUGGACCUAUUGAAGCUCGUACAAGUGAAAAUUCAACCAUGGUUGGCGUUGGAAUGUCUAUGGAAGGCAUUGAGCAAAAUCCUGUUGUUUAUGAUCUGAUGUCUGAAAUGGCAUUUCAUCAUAAACCAGUAGAUGUCAAGAUCUGGGUUGACUUAUAUGCAACAAGGAGAUAUGGAAGGUCUGUUCCAGCACUACAAGACGCCUGGCAGAUACUAUAUCAUACUCUAUAUAAUUGCACAGAUGGUGCCUAUGACAAAAAUCGAGAUGUAAUUGUUGCAUUUCCAGAUGUUGAUCCAUCUGUCAUAUUGAUACCAGAGAUAUUUGAAGAGAGAAAGCUUGUGCAUUUUAGUCGACAAUUAUCAGAAAGAGAGCCACUGAAGGAAACAGCUAAUUCUUAUGAUCAACCACAUUUAUGGUAUUCAACUGCUGAUGUCACACGCGCAUUAGUUCUUUUCCUAGAAAAUGGGUAUGAUGUAUCAGAUAGCCAGACUUUCAGAUAUGAUCUCGUGGAUCUCACCCGUCAGGCAUUAGCAAAGUAUGCAAACAAAGUAUUCUUGAAGAUUAUAGAAGGGUACCAACUCAGUAAUUUAAAACAAGUGACCAUAUAUAGUCAGCACUUUCUUGACCUUAUGAAAGAGCUGGACUUGCUUUUGUCAUGUCAUGAUGGAUUUCUGCUUGGACCCUGGUUGGAAAGUGCCAAACGCCUUGCAAGAGACCCAGAACAGGAGCAACAGUUUGAAUGGAAUGCAAGGACUCAAGUAACCAUGUGGUUUGAUAACACUGAGACUGAAGCUAGUUUGCUUCGUGAUUAUGGAAACAAGUACUAGAGUGGUCUUCUACUGGACUACUAUGGGCCAAGAGCAUCUAUAUAUUUCAAGUACAUGAUAGACAGCUUGGUGAAGGGGGAGAGUUUCCCAUUAGAAGACUGGAGGAGGGACUGGAUAGGCCUUACCAACAAGUGGCAAAGCAGUAGAAAUUUGUUUCCAGUGAAAGCUUCUGGUGAUGCUCUAAAUAUAUCUCGAUGGUUAUAUGACAAGUAUUUAUGUACUGAUAACUUGUAAUCACUUUAUAUGGGUUCAAACUAUGAUGAAGCUGCUAAUUUUGUGAUCUUUUAUGUUUGACACACAAUCUCCUGAUGAUAAUUUCGUUCCCAAAGUUCAAAAGAAUCUUAUUGCCUUGGGUUUUUUAUCAAA